AUGGCAGACGAUUUCGACACAGGGGACAUGUUCCAGGACCCCGAGGGCUACUAUCCGCCGGAGAAGGAGCCUUCGUUCGCAGAGCACAAGAUGCUCUCGGGCCAGGUUGUCCGCGGAAACAUGCUCUGGAACGCCGGCCGCAUAAGCUCAGAAUACAUCGAGACACACGCGCCCACACUCAUCGCCGGAAAGGACGUCCUCGAGAUCGGCGCCGCAGCUGGCGUGCCCAGCAUUGUCAGCGCGAUCAUGGGCGCCCGCACCACCGUGAUGACCGAUUACCCCGAUCCCGACCUCGUCGAUAACAUGCGCCAGAACGCCGAAGCCUCGGUGUCGAUGAUACCCACCAACCCGCCUUCCUCGCUUCAUGUCACGGGCUACAAAUGGGGGAGCGAUGUUGAGCCGCUCAAGGCGUAUAUACCGGAAGAUACGAGGGCGAGGGGGUUUGAUGUGCUGAUCAUGGCGGAUGUCGUGUAUAGCCAUCGCGAACACGGGAAUCUGGUGAAGACGAUGCAGGAGACGCUGAAGCGGGACAAGGACGCUGUUGCGUUGGUCAUCUUCACACCCUAUGAGCCGUGGCUCUUGCCGCAGACGGAGAGGUUCUUUCCUCUUGCCGAGCAGGGUGGUUUUACGGUAACAAAGGUGUUUGAGAAGUUGACGGAGAAGGUCUUGUUUGAGGAUGAUCCUGGGGUAUGUGCUGCAUGA